AUGGAAUCGUCAAAUUCAAGAUGUUUAGCUGUUUCAAUCUUUUUUGGUAUGGGUUUAAAUGAUUAUUAUUUCAACAAUGACAAUGGCAAUGGCAAUCAUCACCCAAAUAUGCCACAAUUCUCAAGCACAAAUACAAUAGAGAAAGAAUUGCAACAAAUGUUACCAAUACAACAAAAAGAACAACAAAAAAUGGAAAAGCAAAAAGCAAUUGCAGAAUUAAUACGUCUAAGAGAGUUAAAAUUACAAAGACAAAAAUUAUUUGAAUAG